CUGAAGCACAAAUAAUAGCUAGUGACUACCUACCAACUAUUGUAGUAAACACUGAUAAGUCGUGAUAAUAUUUUGCAAAUGAUAACGCUUCAUUAUUAAAUUAUCAUUUCAGUUCGCGAUUAGCUAAGUACACAUAUUCUCUAAAAUGUCGCUAUCAAAACCUGUGAUGAAUUUAGUUGCCUCGUAUUUACAAAACCUUUAUUUAAAUCCAAUAAGAACAAAAUCAAUUACGAGCUGUGUUGUCGGAUGUGCUGGAAGUGUUGCGUCACAAAUAGUAGCAGGGGAUAAUUUGAAGCUCGAUCCUAUAAUUGCAUUUGGAUUAUAUGGGCUAAUAUUUGGAGGAACAAUACCCCAUUUUUUCUAUGAAUUCAUUGAAAGAUUGUUCCCACAUGAAGUAACAGCUUUUCCCCUGGCGAAAAAAUUAAUAUUUGAGCGCCUUAUAUUUGCUCCAAUUAUGCAGGCUUUUUCACUCUACACUCUGGCAAGGUUUGAAGGGAAGACUCAUAAAGCUGCAUUGAAACAGCUUUCAGCAUUAUACUUAACGGUAUUAGAAGCUAACUGGAAGUGGUUAACUUUAUUCCAAGUGAUUAACUUAGCUUUUAUCCCACCAAUGCUAAGAGUUCUUUUUAUGAACUUUGUUGGAUUUGGAUGGGCAAUGUUUCUAGCUACGAAGAGGCGUCAACAAGGAACUAAAAAAGAAUCAUCAUAAUUAUUUUUUAUUAUAAGUGAAAGGUUACGGUCACAAUAUUGGGAUAGAAUACAUAAAUGUUAUCAGGUUGUCAAGAGAUAACUUAUAUUCAUAAUAAAUGUAUGUAGCCUUGGCAUUAUCAUAUUUUGCUCGGCACAAUAAUAUUAAAUUCUUAUAAAAAGAAAUUAUUGAAAUAUAUUUAUUAACUUAAAAGACAUUCCUAUGUGAUUAUACUAUUAAAUUUAGGUUUAUUGUAGAUUAAAACUAUGGGUGAUAUGUUUUAACUAUUUAUUUUACUAUAUUGCUGGCAUUUGUCUAUGUGAAACUUAUCUAUUGAUCUUGAGAUGAAGAUAAUCGACAAAGUCGAAACAUAUAUUUUUUAUAUACUUAUUUGUAUGUUUAUAAUAAAAUUAUUCCACUGA